AUGUCAGCAGCUGUGAUGGACCUCGUCGAGAUUUUCAAUGGAGAGGGAGCAUUUGUGUUUGUCGACCGUCCUGCAGGAGGACCUCCCAUUUUUCAUGUCCAACGCAGUGCAGAUUUACAAGCCGGUAGCCCACAGUUGGCUGGAUGUUCUGGCUCCGGUGUCAUGUUAGCGACAGAAGAAUUGCGCAAGUACCCCACUCAGCUCAUCGCCAUGGUGCACAGGCUCGCCAAUGACACCACAGUCACGGCAGCAUAUGCAGACACCAUUGAAAUGGCAGAGUAUUUGGUGGCAGAGGCGAGGAAGGUGCCAUAUGCACCAUACAUCUUGGGAGCAGGCCAGCUUUUGCGGGAGUUUAUGCGCAAUGACAAUUAG